AUGCUUCACGAACCACGCAACGGCUACAUGGAGAAGGAUGUGACCUCCCUUCUGCCCAAUUUCUUCACAGAUGAUUGGCGAGACGAUUGGGGAGGUGACCGCUCUUGGAAUCCGUUAGAGCACCUCGGCGCAGCGUCAAUGGGACGGGGCGCCAUGGAUAGCGCAGGCCCCGAUCCUUCUCAGGGCUCGGAACUGAGCAAGCACUUCGAAGUGUUGAACAAGCAAGAAAUGGGGGUUACCACCUCCGAUACAGCCGACAUCUCAGAGUUGUUUCGUGGGUGGGAAGCAAGGCCAAUCAGUUGCCGAGAUUAA